AAACAUAAUCCAUUAAAUAUAAAAUUACAGCGUAAUAAUUACCGCUAAAAAUUAGGUAUAAGUAACCAACCCUCGAACCCCACUAAAUAGUUAAACCACCCUGGCUGAAAACACUUCAGUCUGUGCCUCGCGCGCGUAUGUGACAGUUGCGUCCGCCAUAUUGACCACAGAAAAAUAAUUCCCUCCAUUCCGUUCGCGCCAUUAAUAAAACAAAUUUUAAUAAUCUUUAAACAUUAAAUUGGAUUGAUAUAAUUGUUAGUGGAGUGUUAAUUUCGUUGUACAUUCUUCCAUAUCGAGUUUAACACAUUUUUGUUCACAUGGCAUUGAUGGAGACAUCGAUUAUUAUGACAUAGGCUCAAUAGAUUAUGUUACAAUUUAUUUAUGACGAUAAUUAGCCAUCACUGAAUUUACGUGAUUGUUGUUUGACAAAACCUGUGUAUUUUGAGGACUUAUAAACUUUCUAGAAAGUUGAUUCGCGCCCGCAUCAUGUGAUAAUGUUAUCAGAAACAAGCUCUAGUUCGCGCCAUUUAUUCGCGUAUUGUUCUUUGAAAAUUGGUUACAAAUUGGCUGUAUUUAGUUUUGUUGGGGAGUUGGCGAGUGAAACAUUUCAAAUGUUGAUUAGAAGUGAAAAUGGUCGAUAUAAGUUAUGGCGCUGAAGAAUCUGCAACUGUUUCAUCCUGUGAGGUCAGAGAUGGGCUACCAGCAGAGACAGGCGACUCCCAUGAGAGCCCCUCCAACAUCUUUAUCCCGCAAUAUAUCCAGGUCUGCUGAAACUCUCGCCGGCAGCACCAAAUCUAAAGAACCAAAGACGCGGAAAGCUCGCAGCACGGAACAGCCAGGUGGUGGAAUGGCGAAAGGCAGAAGCGUUCUGGGACUGCCAAAUCUCACCAAGGGCUGGGGCCGUGAUGAUGACAGCAUACGAAGUCGAUCCAGGAACGGCAGCGGCAGCAGUAGAGCUGGUAGCCUGGACAGAAGUACACGUGGGUCCAGCACCACGCUCAAUGCUGAUGAAGACAACAUCAAUGUCGUCGUCAGAGUGCGGCCAAUCAGUGAGAAGGAGCGUUCGUGUGGUGAGCGCAUGCUGCUGGAGUUCCCCGGCAAGGGACAGGUGGUCUGCCACAACACCACGCCCAGCCAGAAGGCGAAGGUCUUCUCCUAUAAUGUGGUCUUCGAACCUGAGGCCACGCAGGAAGACAUUCUAGAAUAUUCGGGAGUUAAGAGACUGUUGGAGAUGGCAGUGGAGGGGUUCUCAUGCACCGCCUUCUGCUACGGACAGACCGGCAGCGGGAAGACACACACACUCACUGGACCCCCGGGGCUGGUGGAGAGUGGGGCAAGUCCAUAUGAUCCAGGACACGGCCUGGUGGUCCGCUCCUUCGUCCACCUGUUCCGACUGAUCUCCGAGAGACCGGAGUCACACUUCAUACUAAAGGCAUCCUUCUUAGAAAUAUAUAAUGAAAAGGUGAUAGAUCUGCUAAACCCGGGCAGUGCUCGGAAACCGCUACAGGUGCGAUGGUCUAAGGAGAGCAGAGGAUUUUAUGUGGAGAACCUAUUCACGGUGGACUGUGAAACUCUUGAUGACCUGUUUGCUGUUUUAGAAGAAGGCAUGCGCAACCGUGCGGUGGGUGCGCACGCGAUGAACGCGCACUCGUCCCGGUCGCACACGCUGCUGUGCGUGCGCGUGCGCCGCGACCUGCGCGAGGACGCCGGCGUCGUCUGCUCCACGCACGGGAAGAUCAACUUCGUCGACCUCGCCGGCAGCGAGAUGACCAAGCGGACGCAUAGCACCGGCAAGACCUUGGAGGAGGCCAACAAUAUCAACAGGAGCCUUAUGGUGCUUGGUUACUGUAUAGCGCAGCUAAGUGACGGCAAGAAACGCGGCCACAUACCGUACCGGGACAGUAAGCUCACCAAACUGCUAGCAGACAGCCUCGCUGGGAAUGGAGUCACACUCAUGAUCGCCUGUAUAGCUCCUACGAGAUCAAACUUGAGCGAGACGAUCAACACUCUCCGAUAUGCUGCACGAGCUAAGAAGAUUAAAUCAAAACCUAUCGUCAAAAUGGAUGCGAGAGACGCUCUCAUUCUGAGUUUGAAGAGGGAGGUGGAAGCUUUGCAAGCUGAGAACCAACACUUGAGGACUGCGCUGCACGUUCAGACGGACUACAACUCGGAUUCUUAUAGCCAACGCAGAACUCCCACUCAGAUAGAACCAAAUAAACUGUACCAGCUUCCGCAAUCAGAGCUGGUGGAAUUAGUGCAGCUUCACAUGGAGGAGAACUCAGCAUUACGAGCUGAGAACAGUGAACUCUUCGGAGUGAGAGACUCCUUGCUGAGGGACCAGGAACUGCUCAGCAGAGAGAACGAGAGGCUCCUGAAGAAACUAGAGGACGUUAACUCUGUUUGCGUUCGGUCACCUAUCAUACCGGCGCGGCCUACAUACUCUGGUUCCAACGACACUGAAGCCAACAUUUGGACCAACCCCGUCAGUUCAUCCGCAAGUGUUGUCAGUGGAGACAGUUAGAAGUAAAAUGUACUGGACUUGUAUUUUUGGUAGUCCCAAAGUGGACUUAGACUCGGGCCAAAAGGGUUAGCAUUUAUUGCUCAUCAGACAUACGGCACUAUACGUAGCUGUUACUCAAGGUGUUUGUCCAACAGAAAAUUUAUUAACUUCUAUGAAACCAUUGGAUAUUAUUGACAGCUACAGUGAUUACACAAACAUGCAUCUGUUGUAAUCACUGCAUUAGUGCCAUCAGCAAAAAAUCAGGAGCUCUCAUUGAAAUUGUCAUUAUGGUACCUACCUAAAAUGUAUAAAUUGUAUAGAUAGACAAUAACAAGGGUUUGGAAAGAUAGUAUUUUGGUAUUAAAUUAGUUGUAGACGCAGUAAGUACUGUAAAAUAGGAUGAUGGAAAAUUUAUAUAGAAUGAUGCAAAUAGAACAUGGUAAAAAGCAUGUUAUUUUUUAUACCAUGUUUUGUCUCAAUUUUCUUUCAUCCCAUUUGACCUGUAUGUAAUACAUUGCAUUUCCAUGUAAAUAGAUAUUGGGUAGAAGUAAAAACUUAGCUUAAUAGAAAGAAAUAAACAUUAUGAGAGUGUAUGGGUUUUAUUUAUGUUUUUAUUCCAUGUCCAUGGUAUUUUUCAAUUUUAACACCAUUUUUACAUUACAAAUAUUUUCAUGGUAUUUUUAUGGUAUCUUAUUAGAUUUGAAUGAGACACCAUAACCGGUAAGUUAUGGGACAUAAUUU